AUGAAGGUCGCCGGCGCCAUCGUGCUCGCCACCUGCGCCCUCGCUGCCGGCACCGCCAAUCCGUUCGACGCCAGCCUCGACGACAUCUGGCGCCAGACAAAGCGGCUCGCCUUCAAGACCGAGCCGCCCUUUAAUUCGAGCCGGUUCGACUCGGAAUCCCGGGCCCUCGCCGAGGCUGUCAUCGAUGGCAUCACAAAUCUUGAGCUUCACUCACAUGCCCCGGCCGAUCGAGACUUUGUAGACCGACUCGCCAGAAUCCUCGGAUCAUUAAACUACCUUCACGACCGAUUGGACGGCGUCAAGUCGGACGUUGUGCAGGCUCGUGCUUGCGAAGGCGUGCACGGGGUGCUCGCAUACCUCGGCGAGGUAUUCCUCCAUCUGACGAGGGAAAUCGUCGCGACCGUGCCGGACCAUGGCCUGGGCGGGGAGGUCGAGGUGGAGACGGGAGCGAUGAUGCAGGUCUUGGGCGAUGUGCGGUCGGACUUCUCCGAGGACAACUGCCACGCGGAGGCAAACGACGACGGCUCGGCCGCAACGCAGAGCUAG